GGUCAUGUUCGUCCAUCUGGCCCAUCGUUUGCAAAAGAACUAUGUCGACAAAGAAGGGGGGAGAUAUUUUAAGCUUGCUUCUCGCUUCACGACAGGUUUUCUGGAGCAUCCUUGACCAGCAAAGCGGCAGCCUGAAGCAUUACACGCGAACCUCUAGUAUUCCCCGUGCAGCUGCCCGAGUUCUAAAUAGAACCCGACAUGCUGAAGCUCCAGCCCAGGAGUCAAGUGUCGCUAGUCAUACAAUCUCUCAGAGUCCCCGGACUAUAGAUCCUGUGCACACGCAACCGUAUGUAGAGAGUGCAAAAGAACAUCCUCAUGCAUCAAAAUCUGCUCCCCCACCCCCAUUUUCAUCUGAGCUCAAUAAUGGCGGACGGUUACCAUUGCCUUCUGGAGCAUCACACCUUCCAGACCCGCCAAUAGAUCCGCCGUCAUCUAUUCCGCCUGAUUCUCAAAUGACUCGUGCAGCACGAACCGGGCAUUUGGGUGCGAGCUUUUCAGCAACAUCACGUGAACCUGUCUCGGAAAAUACUGCGGAACAGUCGGCGGAUAACCGAUCGCGGCCGGCAGCUUUUAAGCAAUCCAGGGUCCCUUCAUCACGAGUGGGCCGACUGUGGCACUAUGGAAGUCUUGCAGCGGGCGUGGGUGUGGGUGCGGUGGGUGAAGCAGUCCGCCGAGCGGCGGGCUUUUCGGAUGGGAAUGGUGGAAGUGUGGUUCUCAGUCCUGGAAAUAUCGAGAGAAUUGUUAGCAAGCUGACGCGAAUGCGAGGCGCCGCACUGAAACUCGGCCAGAUGCUAAGUAUACAAGACAAUUCCAUGCUCCCUAAAGAGCUGGAGAACAUCCUCCUACGUGUCCAGAACACUGCGAAUUACAUGCCUGACUCACAGCUGCAGACCACACUAAGCAGGGAGCUUGGACCGGAUUGGCGUUCAAAGUUUGGUGACUUUGAGCUCAUGCCCAUCGCUGCGGCGUCCAUUGGGCAAGUUCAUCGUGCUACGUUAUUGGACGGUCAACCUGUGGCCGUUAAAGUGCAGUAUCCUGGUGUAGCCGACAGUAUCGACAGUGACCUGGACAACUUGCGCGCUCUCAUACUGUUCAGCAAUUUUCUGCCAAAAGGAUUGUACCUCGAUAACACUAUCCGAGUUGCACGAAAAGAGCUGGCAUGGGAAUGCGAUUAUAAGCGAGAGGCGGAGGCCAUGGAGAAAUUUCGAGAUCUAAUCAAAGGCUUACGAGGCUUCAACGUCCCAAAAGUAAUAUCCAAUCUCACGACCCCUCAAGUCUUGACAACGGAAUUUGUCGAAGGGCUUCCCGUAGGGUCCUUCUCAAAUCUUCCGCAGAGGAUUCGCGACAGCAUCGGUGAACGAAUACUCCGUCUUUGUCUACGCGAACUAUUUGAGUUCCGCUUCAUGCAAACUGACCCUAACUGGUCCAACUUCUUGUAUGAUCCGCGCACGGAUAUGAUACAUUUGCUGGAUUUUGGGGCGGCGAGAGAGUUUGAUGCGAAUUUCACCCAGAAAUACAUGAAUGUUUUGUAUGCAGCUUCUGAAGGGGACCGAGAAGGGUGUGCAUAUUGGUCCAAAGUAUUAGGGUUUUUGACUGGAAUGGAGAGUCAGGCUAUGACGAAUGCCCAUGUUAACUCUAUCCUCAUGCUGGCGGAACCGUUUUCAAAGUUUGGUCCUGCCGUCUAUGAUUUCGGAAAACAGGAUGUGACCAACCGCGUCCGCGCGGAGAUUCCGUUGAUGCUCAGAGAGAGACUGACUCCACCACCUGACGAGACGUAUUCAUUGCAUAGGAAGCUAUCGGGGGCCUUCUUGCUGUGCACAAAACUGAGAUCCAGAAUUAGGUGUAGAGAAAUCUUUGAGGGAUUUAGGGAGCGAUAUGUCUUUGAUUUGGCAUAAAGUCAAUAGUGUGAACCAUUUAAGACGAUUAGAACUAGUACUACUACGAAAAUAGAUUAGAUUAGUAUGUACAAAGGGCCCAAGCAAAAUCUACAAUUCAAGGUAUCAUUUAUCGGA